AUGUCCGGCCUCGUUUCCGACGAAAUCGCGGAGGACUACAAGAGUUCCUUGGAGGAUCUAACUACCAAUGAUGGAAUUCAGAUCCGCACUCUGACAGUCAUCGCCAAAGAAAAUACUGAGCACGCAAUGGCCAUAUCCCGGGUCCUGGAGAACCACAUUCGAACAACACCACCCCUACAGAAGCUUCCAGCCCUCUACGUAGCCGAUUCUAUCGUCAAGAACGUUGGAAGCCCUUACACCCUCUUCCUUGGCCGGAAUAUGUACCAGACAUUCAUGAAUGUUUACACUCUGGUUGAUGGAAACACCCGAAAGAAGUUGGAUGAGAUGCUUAAGACAUGGAAGGAGCCGGCCCCAGGCUCCUUGGAAUCACGCCCAAGUGCUCUCAUCAAAGCACGCACUGCGGCUUGGCAACAACAACAGGCCAGGGCCCAACCAGACAUCAUCGGCCGUGUUCGUGGAAAUGGGACUCCGACUGGGUGGACCAACAGCCCUACACCAUCUCAGAACAUGUCUCGGCCUUCACAAACCCACCAGCAUCUUAACAAUGGUCAUUCCAAUUCGACACCUCCCCAGACCCAUCGACAAGAUAUUGAUUUGAGCUACCUCAAUCGAGACGUGGAUGCCCUUAUCACUUCUGCUAAGAUUGACUUUGCUAAUAGUCCUUUUAAUCCCGUCUCUCAACGACGCUUGAAAGCGUUGGUGGAUCUUCAGGCCAUUCUACAGAAACAGCAACUCGCCCCGGAUCAGUUGAAACUUGUCCGCGAUCAGGUCUCUGCCCUUGCUGCCACAAGACCGCCAUCGGUCGCCCCUAAUACCGCUACGAAUGGCUCGGUGUCCGCCCCUCCACAAAUCUCCACACCACCACCGCAACCAGCGCAACCAGUCUCGCAGCCCCUUCAUCAAAUAUUAAACCAUAACACACUAGCUGAGCUGAUCAAAGCUACUGCUUCGCGUCAACAAUCCACUCCACCAUCUCAAAUCCCGGCAGCGCUGCCUCAGAUGCCCCAAUAUCCUCACCAAAGCGGCCCUUCACAGCCAGCGCCGGAGAAUCCCCUAAUUGUGGCCUUGAGGGCACGUGGACUUCUACCUGGUGGACCGACACCCUCCGCCCUUACGCCUUCGACUUCGACACCAGUUACUGGUAGAUCGAAUUUACCGUUCAUCUUGCCCCAUGGAAUGCCUACACCCCAAGCUCCAACCCAAACUUCAAUCCCCUUCAAUGGAUCCUCUGGAGUCCCUAUGACCACCGCGUCUAUGAAGAUCCCUCGAUUCGGACUUAUUGUCUCUCUUUAUGAUUCCCGACCGAACCGAUGUGGAACUUGCGGCCGUCGCUUCCUGGCUACGAACGAAGGCAAGGAAAUGAAGGCCCGGCAUUUGGACUGGCAUUUCAAGACCAAUCAACGCAUGACUGAGUCGUCUAGGCGGGCUCAGAAUCGCAGUUGGUAUGUUGACGAACGGGACUGGAUCAAAUCCCGGGAGGCUGGCGAUGAGAACGGCGCAGCGGAUCCCCAAGCCAACUCUGAAGGAGCUGCAGGUAUGGAUGGCAAUACCAAGCAAGAGCCGCCAAAGCCGUGGAUUCGAGCUCCCAACGAUGCUACUAUCCGCAACACCCCGUGCCCGAUAUGCCAAGAGAAGUUCGAAUCGACUUGGUCUGAGGAUGUCCAAGACUGGAUCUGGCAAGACGCAACUAAAGUCGGAAGUCGUGUGUAUCAUGCCAGUUGUUAUUCUGAAGUGACCAAGGGCCCUGCCCCGACGCGCCAGACACGGACUACCACGCCUGACUCUGUCCUGGGCAAGCGGAAAGCUGAAGGAACUGAAUCUCCAAGCCAGAAGACGCGCAUCAAGACGGAGAUCUGA